GCGUAUAGUUAGGAUACUGUAGGAAGGGUUGUUAGCAGGAUCUGCUCAUCCUGACACAGCUACAAGAGGCAUAUGUUAUAGGGCUGGGGCUCUGAAUCAAUUAAUGCUCGCUGGCUCCUUUCCAGCCAAGCCCCCACUCACUGGUUUCCCUGCUUCCAAGAGCUGGAGCUGCAAGCACUGGAAUGAGUCAGUCAGCAAACAAAGGGUAGCAGCAGACUGCAAGUUUUGCUAAUGAACAAAGAAAACUGCACUGAGACUGUGCUAAUCACAUAAGUAAAUUCAUCAAGAGAAUCAAAGAGGAAGGACAGAAAAAAAGGACAUCCUUUCUUUAUCUCUUUUAAAUGCAGCAAGAACAACUCUUUUCCUGCAUUCAAGAGCUGGAGAAAGUGCCCGGGCGAGGAAGACAGCUUUCCCCACAGAGAAAUUCCUCAUCUUGGUGUUAAAAGAAAUGCUGAGUGCUAAACAACCGCACGACACGAGACAUACUUUAGAAAAACAAGAAACACAAAUAAAUGAACAACAGGCUUUCUGAAAAACAGCUGAAAACCUUAUCUUAAAAUCCACCACGUGAUGAAAAGGAAGAACAGAUCGCAGAGGAUCUUCCUGGAUACAAGUGAACUCUACUGAAACACAAGAGAGAAAGGUAAGGCUUUCUUCACCUGAGACUUAUAGCACGCCAGGUCCUCUCAGUAACUGCUCAGCUACAGACAGAACUCCUUUGGUGUCUGCUUGGAGGGGGAAACGUAAGCGUUAAGCCUUCAGCUGAGCUGAGAGAGGGGAGAGGAAGAGAAAAGGCUGUGCUUCAGAGAAGCCCUGCUCAGAUUACAAAAACAAAAGGAGGUUUACUCACCCCCCCCUUGAAGGAAUGGGUAAAUUUAGAGGUCUCAGUUCCAUAAAUCUUUACGGUCCCCUUGGGACUGUCACCAGUGUUUUACUGUCUGCAGCUUCCUGACCCUCACCUGAUAAAGUGGGGACUGUAGAGCAUAAAACAGAAACCACAUACAUCAUUCCUGAAGAUAUUUUUGGGGUGAUCCUCUCUGGAGAAACAGGACUCUUAAUAAGAGGAAACAUGGGAACUGCUGCCUGCCUACGCACACGCUGCCGGAGAGUAGGCACUGGGGAGAGGAGGAGUUGCACACACAACACCAGCAUAUGUCUGCAUCAGUUUGUGCUUACAAACAGCAAGCCUUCGUACGCUAUAGCUAGAGGGAAACAACUGGCAUCCAAAUUCAUCUACCACUUCUUUUUUGGGCUUUUCCUACAGCGGUGAAAGAUGGGAGCUAAUGAACUGCCUACUAUUCUCAGCUAUUGAAUUCUCUUUUAUCAUCUUCUGAGAGCUGAACCUCACUACACGGGGACGUCAGACCUUCAGCCCUAACAGCCAGAGAUGGACACAAGACAGGACUUGGGUUUUUAAGACCUCAUCACACCCAGUAAGGCACAGGAUAAAAAAAAGUUGGAUCCAAGCUCUGACAUGGUUACUGUACCUCAAAAUAGCAGAUGACCAGUUUACCAUACUGACCAUGCUGGCCUUUCCUCGGGACCAUCCUGGAGCAGAGAGGCACACUGAACUCUUGCACCGUACGCAAUUCCUGCACAAAACCCAGCUCUCGGACACAUCCUGCUGGGCACAAAGAUGCCCCAUCCUUUACAUUUCUUGAACGGGUCUGGAGCUGGCAAUGGAUCUUUGUCACCUCUCUCGGUAGCAGAACCCAAAGAGAACUACCCAAACGAUGAGCAAGGAAACAAAGUGCGCUGGGCAGCGCUGCUGAUCCUGCUGGUGAUCAUCCCCACCAUCGGUGGGAACAUCCUGGUCAUCCUGGCGGUAUCUCUGGAGAAAAAGUUGCAAUAUGCCACCAACUACUUUUUAACAUCCCUGGCGGUGGCAGAUUUGCUCGUGGGGCUGUUUGUGAUGCCGAUUGCCCUUCUCAUAAUACUCUUUGACAACGCCUGGCCUUUUCCAACUGCCUUGUGUCCCAUUUGGCUGUUCCUUGAUGUCCUCUUCUCCACAGCUUCCAUCAUGCACCUCUGUGCCAUCUCACUAGACCGCUAUAUUGCCAUUAAAAAGCCAAUCCAGGCCAGCCAGUACAACUCAUGGGCUACAACAAUCAUCAAAAUCAUCAUUGUUUGGCUCAUUUCAAUAGGCAUUGCUAUUCCAGUCCCUAUCAGAGGAAUUGAAGAUGGAAAUGGCAACUCUACAAAUAUCACGUGUCUUCUGACGCCUGAUCGCUUUCAUGACUUCAUUCUCUAUGGAUCAGUGGCUGCGUUCUUCAUUCCCCUUGCUAUCAUGAUAGUCACUUACUUUCUGACAAUUCAAGUGCUACGCAAGAAGGCCUAUUUGAUCAACAAGCCACCUCAACGUUUCACUUGGUCGACAGUGUCCACAGUAUUUCAGCGCGACGCCACACCUGCCUGCUCACCAGAAAAGGUGGCCAUGCUGAAUGGCUCUAGAAAAGAUAAGACUCCAACCAAUGAUAUGCCCAUCUGUAGAACGUCUACCAUUGGGAGGAAAUCCAUGCAAACCAUAACCAAUGAACAAAGGGCAUCAAAAGUGCUUGGAAUUGUAUUUUUUCUUUUCUUGCUGAUGUGGUGCCCAUUCUUCAUAACUAACAUAAGUUCAGUCCUGUGCAACUCGUGCAACAAGGAAGUUUUUCAAAAGCUCAUGGAGAUAUUUGUUUGGAUAGGAUAUGUAUCCUCAGGAGUGAACCCUCUUGUCUACACACUCUUCAACAAAACAUUUAGGGAGGCUUUCAGCAGGUAUAUCACUUGCAACUAUCGGACCACAAAGACUAGCAAGGUCCUUCGAAAGUGUUCCAGCAGAAUCUCUUUCAGAAAUUCUGUGACAGAAAAUUCCAAGCUCUUUGUUAUGCAUGGGAUGAGAAAUGGGAUUAACCCCAUUAUGUACCAGAGCCCAAUGAGGCUGAGGAGCUCACCCAUCCAAGCAUCAUCAGCCAUUCUGCUGGACACAUUGCUGCUCACAGAGAAUGAAGCUGAUAAAACAGAAGAACAAGUAAGCUACGUAUAGUAGAAUGACAGCUGUGACUACAUCAUAGUGUUAACAUCUCUAUUACUUUAGGUGACUGUGCUAUAAAAGGUUAUAAGUACUAUUGUUUCAUUUAUGCAAGCAAUAUCUUAUAAAUUUAUAAGAAUUCCUCUCCUCCAAAGUCUCCUCUACUAUAGCCCCAAACCCUACAGUGGCAACUUCAUUCCAUGAGAUACAGUGACUAUAGCAAAACUGUAUCGUACAGAAAGAGGGAAAUAAAUAAAAGCUAAAUCAGUUCAAGUAUCUGA